UGUUGUGGCCUACAAAAUUGUACAUUUUUACUUUAUGCUUUAAAAACGUAUAGUUUAUAUAAAAAUUAUAUACAUCAAAAUGUAGUAUUGAAACACAAUGAAUUCUUCAAAUGCUUUGUUAAGCUGCAGGAUAGUGGCCUUCGGAUUUGGAAACCUGGUAAAGCGUCGCGGAAUGAAGCAGCUACGCUUAGAUGGUAUUCACUACAAGCUGAGCUUCAAGCCGGGACUACAGAUGGAGCCGGAGAAGCCGGAGCCUGAGAAGCGCAUGGAUGACACGAAAUACAGUCCAGGUCGUUGGACGGAGCGGAAGUAUCAGGCCACAUGGCGGGAAGCUGUCAUCGAAGAGCCGAAAAGCCAUGAGGAAGUGAAGAACUCACACUCACAGGAGGAGCGACCACCCUUCCGAGAACUUCGCCGAACUACCGACCCCACAAGGCGCCUCCAGAGGAUCGCAAUUCCUGCCAACCAAUUCAUAUCCCAGUUUAUCUGCACCCAAAGCAAAAACAAAAGGCGUCACGUAGAAGCUGCCGCAGAUCGAAUGGCGUUUGAUGAAUACCAAACCAUCUAA